AUGGGUACAACGAAUAAAGCGUUGACAAUGAGUUUCUCGUUCUCAUUGUCCGCUUCUAUACCUCUGAUAUUGUUAUUUUUUCCUAAAUUAUAUAUUAUACUUUUACAUCCGGAGAAGAAUGUGCGAGCAUCAUAUACUACUACAAAAUUGAUACGAUGUCAUUUUGGUAACUCGCAAGGGGCCUACGAUAGCAAACAUCUGUCGAGCAAGACCACACGAACAUCAGUGCAGUCAGCAUCAGUGAGGAGCUCAACAAAAUCCUCAAGUUUGGCUGGAGGUGCUGCUGGUGGUGGAGUAACUCGUACAGCAUCCGUCCAUGUACCGGUGGCAGCAACUAAGAGCGGAAUUCAAGUGGACAGUUCUACGCAAACAGACAUGGGCAAGAAGAAGCCGGUGGAUGAAGAUGUAGCCCAAUUGGUGGAGGCUUGUCGUCGAUAUCAGGAUGAAAAAUUCUGCGCAACAGCUGCCAAUCUGCUGCUAGAAGAACAAGAAGACGAAGUCGGCGCACUUCUGGCGGAUUCCAUCGAGAACUCGGUACGGACGGUGUUGUCGACGGUGGCUGGCGGUGUACGACCG